UUGGAGACUGUGUCCACGGGACCCGAGUGGGAGGUCACCGAGGGUCCGCGCCAAGGCAGGAGAGCGGCCUCCCGCCAGCGAGGGCGCUGUGGUCUCGGGUGGCAUCUGGGAAGCCCGGCGGGUGGGGGUAAGGGGAGGGCGGGGCGGCCGUGCGGGAGGAGGCGGAGCUUCGGGGCCAGUGUGACCACCUAGCCCGGCCCUCCGCUUCGCUCGGCACCUGAGGCUGGCCUUUUUGGCUGACUCCUUUCCGAGACGCGGAGACCCCGCCGGUUCCCAGCAGCAUGGCUCCUUCCCGGUGGCAGCUCGGUCUCCGCACAGCCUAUUCGGCGGUCGGUUGUGUGAUGGGUCUCUCCGCCUUCCUCGUCUGGACCUUCCUUUUCCCUCAGCCCGGGACCGCUGCGAUGGGAGGUCUCGCAGGUGUUCUGGCGCUCUGGACUCUGACGACGCAUGUGAUGUACAUACAGGAUUACUGGCGCACCUGGCUCAAGGGUCUUCGAUGCUUCCUCCUAGUGGGCAUCUUCUUCUCCACUGUCUCCAUCACCGCAUUCUGCGCCUUCCUUGUCCUGGCCAUCACUAGGCAUCACGGAUUCACAGAUCCCACCAGCUACUACCUCUCCUGUGUGUGGAGCUUCAUCUCCUUCAAAUGGGCCUUCUUGCUCAGCCUAUAUGCCCACCGCUACCGAGCUGACUUUGCUGACAUCAGCAUCCUCAGUGACUUCUGACCUUGACUACUUAGGCUCCCCAGCCGGGUGGUUCUUAGUGAUUGGACUCAGUCUUUGAGAAGCAGAGAGGAGGUCCUGCUCCCGAUUCUGUUGGGAGGUUCAGGAGCCACGGCAGAGGAUAUGCUGGGGGGAGGGGGAGGGGGAUUAGGGUGAAGGUCUCCCAGGACACUUUCCCUUACCCUGUGAGCAAGGUAGUAGGGGAAGGGCCUGUCUAGGGAGGAGGGGAUGCUUUGUACUUUUUCAUAUGGAUCUAUUUUCUUAUCCUAAGGUAAGUCCUUUUUAAAUGGAGAAGGAAGCAACAAAAUUAGAAGGCUAUGGAUUUGUGUUAGGGGGAAAGUGACUCAGGAAAACAUUUAUAUUGGCAGGCCCAGGAGCUGAGUGGAAGAAGAGGUAAUUUGACUGCUUCUGUCACCCAGCCUGAAAGAGCCCUCCUCUGUCACUUUCUAAUGACAGGAUCAGGUUUGAAGAUUUGCCAAUGAAGCUAUGGGGGUGUCUGAGAAGAGACUCUUUCCUAGAAGAGCCUGCAUUUGGCUUUACUUUUUCCCUACUUGGGGAGUAGAGAAAAGGGGUCUUUUUCUUGUUUUCCCCUUUUUAGGGACUCUGGGAUUGGGCAGUAAUCCUGCAUUUCAGCGCAGCACUCUCUAGGAAGCUUGAAAUGAGUUAUAGAUGAAUUGGCAAAUGCCUUUAGAAGAGAUUUUGAAAAAUGGCAAAAUAGCUCAGACCUAGAGGGGUGUUUCUUCCUGGUCAACCCACAUGUUCACAUAUCACCUUGCACUCAUUUAGUCCCCAUCCAGUCCUACGUAGGCCACUUUCCUAGGGUUGAAGUUGGGGCUGGGGAAGGUCCACAGAGUCUUGCAGGAGAGAGAGGUCUUCGGACAUUGUUAGAUCUGUUGGAAAUCUCCCCAGCCUACCACACGCCUCGUCUCCUGCUUUCUUUCCCUCUCCUAAACUUUUUAUCUUUUCCCCCUACUUCUGGACAAAAGAUCUGCUAAUACCAUACUCAGACCCAGGGGUCCUUAAGAAGCUCCGCCGGUCUGCUGUUACAUUUUUACACUGUAUUGGCAUUGUGCAUGUGUCACUUUUUAGCUCUUUCUUCCCCACUCAAAGGAAUUCUCGUGCCCAUCCCACCCUCAGCCAUAUUGCCGAGUCACUGUCACUUUAGCAAAGACAACAAACAAGCUGCUUUAUCAUUAAAUGGCCUCUGGGUGUCACUUGUGGGCUAGAGAGCUUUGAAGGAGACUUGAAGAGACGCAGGCAGAGAAAUGGGGUCAUCCGAAGCUGGGUGCUGUCAUUUCUAGAUACCCUCCUAGAUUCUUAUGUAUUGCUAAUUGGGGAAAUGGCGCAAGAUAUUCCAGGUUUUGGCCAUGAAGUAGUUAGGUGGAUAGAACACCGGGUCAGGAAGACAAGUUAGAAUUCUACCUCAUACGGGUCCUAGCUGUAUGACCUCGGAACUUCUUAAGCCCCAGCUUCCUCAUUUAUAACAUAGGGACAAUAAUAAUACCACAUCCUUCCAGGUCAGUUGUAAGAAUAAAAAUAAUAUUUGUAAAGUUCUUUGCAAACAGUGCUAGAUAGAUGCCAGCUAUUAGUAGAGGGGGAGGGGCAGGCAUUAAGCAUCUUUUAUGCGCCAAGCACUUCAAUAUUCUCUUAUGUGAGCCUCAUAACAAUCCUGAGAGGUAGAUACUAUUAUUAUCCCUACUUUACAGAUAAGAAAAUUGGGUCAGACUGCUAGUGAGCAUCGGAGGCUAUCCCACGACCGAGUCUUCCCGACUCCAGGCCUAGCACUGUGUCCACUGUUCCAUAGAGUUGCCUAUAUGCAGUGAUGGGAUAAUAGACACUUGCAUGGGUUACCAAUGUAAUGUGAGGGAGCGUCCACCUUUCUCUGAAACUGGACCAAGCACUAGAUUUGGAAUAGAGGUUCUGCAUUCAAAUACUGGCUCUGCCACUUACUAUGUCACUUCUGGGUCUCGGUUUUCUCACCUGUAAAAUGAGGGGAUGAGGUGAAGCUAUCUUCCAGCUGGUUCAGUCAAAGACUGGAGCCAUACUUACUGCGUCAUCCAAGAAAGGCAAGAAUAGGUCCCAUCAGGAUGGGAUAGCAUGGUCAGCAUCUCCAGAUUCUCUUUCCUUUUCCCUGACAUCUUUUCUCCCAUGUAUAUGUCAUCCAUGAGGGAAUGUGUGCACUCAUGCACUUAAUGUACCCACUUAAACCCAUUCACCACCAGGAGGCCUUUGUCUUGUGCAGUAUUAAAGCAAAUAAACAUUUAUUCAGA